AUGCGAUGUAAACACAAACUAUCUCAGUCUGUUCAUAUCUAUCUAUCUAUCUAUCUAUCUAUCUAUCUAUCUAUCUAUAUCAGUCUCGAGCAGAAUCUAUGCUAUGUAAAUACACCCUACGCCCUUGAAACCGGCUGCCGCUCACGUGGGGGCCCAAAGAAACAAUUCCGAGACUAUCUUAAGCGUGCUCUUAUCUCUUGCAACAUUGAUCCGACAGAAUUAGAGAACCUCGCAAGGGAUCGGACCCGCUGGCGGUCUCUCUACGUCACUGGAGUGGCGCACUUCGUGAAGGAGAGACGAGGAGCGCUCGAGGGGACGCGACGCCAGUGUCAUCUGCAACUUGCCAAUCGCGCAUCGAGCGCUAUCUUUCUUGGCAACUCACAGAAGACGGACGGAGAUAGAAGAACAGCGUCGUCGUCAGCAAUGACCGACAGCCUUAAGCAAACACAAGCAUUGUAG